UCUCUGUUUAUAUAGGUGGACUCAAUCUUCCUCUAUUGAUAUAAAGCUCCUCAUUCUCUAUCUCUACCGUCAAGAAUCCACAAAUACUUGAUCCUCAUCAACAAUGGCCAUGGCCUUCUCUUCAAAGCUACAGCUUCUGUUCUUGAUCUCCGUUUCCCUGAUCCCCAUCUCCCUUUGCAGUAAUCCCAACCGUCCACUGAGCUCCUUCAAAACCUCAACCCCGGAUGUCCAUGACCUCCUCCCAAACUACAGCCUCCCAAAGGGUCUCAUCCCAGGAAAUGUCAAGUCCUAUUCUCUUAACUCAGACAGCACUUUCACCAUCGAACUCACUCACGAGUGUUAUGUUAAGUUCACUGACUUGGUUUACUAUAAAACUGUUUUGACUGGAAAGUUGGGUGAUGGGGAGGUUUCUGAUGUUAGUGGAAUUGAGGUGAAGAAGUUGUUCGCAUGGCUGCCUAUUACUGGUAUUCUAGUUGAUGGAAGCUCGAUUGAAUUUCAAGUUGGGUUUUUGUCUGAGAAGCUUCCUGCUUCUAUGUUCCAAGAGAUUCCAACUUGUCGGAAUAAAGAGUUCCAGCAAUCUCUGCUUGCAUCAAAUUGAGCUGCCAACUGAAUGGAUAGUAGCCAGUUGCUUAUAAAUGAUGAUGGUUGAAGACACUGUACCCUGAGCUAGCAGCAGCUGGAGGUGUCCUCUAGGGCAUAUUUUCGUUUUUCAGUCUUGAGACAUCAGGAUUUAGCUGGAAGCUGUUCUCCUACAUAUAUUAGCGCACGUUUCCUAGCUGAUUUUCUUGGUGUACUCUUUUGGAAUAAAGUUUCAGUUCAUCCAAAAAACUCUCUCUCUCUGUAUGCAGGAUCAUUCAUAGCAUUUAGUUCCUAUAUCCUGCUAAAACUCGUUAUCAAAUGUUAAAUAAUGCGUUGGCUUUGGUAAGCUGACAGUCACUAACUUGUUGAUGGAGAGAAAGAAAAGUGUACUGUGUGACUUACAGAGAUAUGGUUGCUUGGUAAUAACAUGUUUCUGGCAAUAGCCUCAAAGCUUUUGAUGUGUG